UCAGGAUGAAUGCAAUACAACGUCGAUCGCGGCGCCUUCGAGUAUUGUGUCGAGAUUGUGUGACCAAAUAAUUUUUGGUCAGAAUUCACGAAAUAAAAUGUUCUUAACAAACUUGUUACUUAAGAAAGCGAAAAGCAAACUCAUUAUGGUUCAGAUGGAAAGCGCUGUAACCGGGCAUACGUUUAAUAAAAUACGCGAAAGACUUGCCGACAAGCUAGAAAUACUGCGAUUUGAUCCACAUAUACAACGGAUAAGUUUGUACAGAGAAAAAAAGAAGAUACGCAGUAUGUAAUGGUUUUUCUCUGGCGGUUCGCUGGAAUAUUAAAUGUUGUAUUAAAGAUUGAAUUAAAAUGUAAUAUUUAAAAUUCGGUGAAUUCUGUCAUUUCAAUCCCACAAUGUUGUUUAGAAGUUUCAAUUGCAAGACAUUGGCAGACUAAGUAACUUUGUGUAAUUUAUUUUAUUCAAAUGUACGUACUACCGAGUAAUCUAUGUAUACAUCAUAUUGAAAACAAUAUAUUCAUUUCACUAGA